CCCUAUAUAGCGCGGUGCCGGGCGGGCGGCGCGGUGCGGUGCGUCCUGUCGGGCGGAGCGGCAGUGAGCGGCGUCUGGCCCUGGAGCGGCUGCGAUGCGGAUCAGGAUGAUUUCGGCUGCCUCCGUCCUCGUCCUGCUCUUCCUGCCCUCGGAGACCUGCUCACCCCUGCAGUGGCCCCGGGGCCUGUCCCGCAGGCUGACCCUGGCCCCCCAGCCCACCUGGGAGCCUUGGCCGGGAGCCCCGCGACCCCCUGUCCCCGCCGCUGGCCCCCUGCCCCAAAGACUGUGCCAACCCCAUGGGGCAGAGCCCACCCCGGCCCCCCGCAACCCGCGGGCGCUGCAAACCGGCAAGAGGCGAGACGGCAAACCCAACUCGCUGGAUCUCACCUUCCACCUCCUGCGCGAGUUCCUGGAGAUGUCCCGGGAGGAGAGACUGGCCCAGAAGGCGCUCAGCAAUAAGCUCUUGCUGCAGAGUAUAGGAAAAUGAGGAAGGAUCGUUUUGGGGGGGAGGGGAAGGGGGGAAAUGAAAAAGA